GCAAAAAAAAAAAAAAAAAAAAAAAAAAAAAGUCGAUCGCCAGCAGGAGCAUAAAAGUGUGAGCGGCUCCGGCGCGGGGCGGCAGCUCCCUGCGCGCCAGAGCAGCGGCAGCCACAGGUGCCCGGGGCUCAGCCUUUGCCUCGUGGAGCGGCCGCGGGCGCUUUCCUCGCCGCCGGAGCGGAGCCGGGGGGCUCGGGCUCGCCAGGGGCUUCGGGGUGUUUUCGGCUCUGAGGAGGUCCCCGCCCAACCAGCAAGAUUUUGUCCAAAAGCAGGCAGGAGGAUCGCCCUGCGCUGAGCCGGCUGGUGGGCAGCAGGCGGCGGCUGAUCGCGGCCGGCGCCCUGGGGGUGGUCAUGGUGUUGCUGCUGGUCGUCCUCAUCCCGGUGCUGGUGAGCUCGGCCGGCACCUCGGCCCACUACGAGAUGCUGGGCACCUGCCGCAUGGUCUGCGACCCCUACGGCGGCACCAAGGCGCCCAGCACGGCGGCCACGCCCGACCGCGGCCUCAUGCAGUCCCUGCCCACCUUCAUCCAGGGGCCCAAGGGCGAGGCCGGCCGGCCGGGCAAGGCGGGGCCCCGCGGGCCGCCCGGGGAGCCGGGGCCGCCCGGGCCGGUGGGGCCCCCGGGGGAGAAGGGCGAGCCCGGGCGCCAGGGCCUGCCGGGCCCCCCCGGGGCGCCGGGGCUGAACGCGGCCGGGGCCAUCAGCGCCGCCACCUACAGCACCGUGCCCAAGAUCGCCUUCUACGCCGGCCUCAAGCGCCAGCACGAGGGCUACGAGGUGCUCAGGUUCGACGACGUGGUCACCAACCUGGGCAACCACUACGACCCCACCACGGGCAAGUUCACGUGCUCCAUCCCCGGCAUCUACUUCUUCACCUACCACGUGCUGAUGCGGGGCGGCGACGGCACCAGCAUGUGGGCAGAUCUCUGCAAGAACAACCAGGUUCGAGCUAGUGCAAUUGCUCAGGAUGCUGAUCAGAACUACGACUAUGCCAGUAACAGCGUGGUUCUUCAUUUGGAGCCAGGAGAUGAAGUUUACAUAAAAUUAGAUGGAGGAAAAGCACAUGGAGGAAACAACAACAAAUACAGCACAUUUUCUGGAUUUAUUAUUUAUGCUGACUGAUUAUGAGUCAAAAACUAAGCUUGUUCUUCUAAGAGAUGGAUUCAUGUGGCAGAAGUCAAUGAAUCAAGAAUCCAGCGGAUACUGACCGUGGGACACCUCAGUAGUGGGGGAAAAUCAAAUGCUACCUGACUCACAUCUGUAUGACACAAAGAAACCUUACAUUUAAAAAAAAAUAAUAAAAAAAAAUAUAUAUAUAAAAGCAAGUUAAACAGAUGUGUGAUCCACUACCGCCAAAGCAAAUACUUCUUAUUGUUAGUGUCAAUGUGAAUGAAGUCCUAUAUAGAUCACAAAUUUUUCUAGGAAAAUCUAAAGACACUGAAUUAUUUCUUCGGUAUAUAUGAUACUUUGAUGUAUUAUGAUCUUGCUGCUUUAUCCAUACAUCAGCUUUGGUUCUUGUGACUUACCCGCUAACUAUGAUGCUUGGAGUCCACUCAUAGUGAGGAAUGAGUUUACAAUAAAAGGAAGAGGUAAUUGAAAUGCUUCUUCUCUCCAAAGGAAUUGUUUGCCUUGUACUUUUGUUAUCCUUCUAUCUAGAACUAGAAACUAAUAAGUUUCAAGCCUUAACUCUUAAUUUCCCUGCUUUGUGAGUGUAGGUCAGGCCUUUUAAAUGAUUUCCACCCAUUCGUUUAGUUUAAAUUUCCUUUCCCGCCCCUUAAUUUUAUUCUAAGAGAGAAAGACAGAAGAAACAAUUCAAUGAAAAUAUAAGAGAUGAUAAAACAAACUGCCUAUAUUUGGACCAAAUCCUGGGUCCACUGAAGCCAACUGCAAAACUCCCAUUUGGCUUUUAAUAUGUAAACAGAUUUGGCUCUUAAUAUGUAAACACUUGUAAAUACAUAUGUUUAGACAAUUUAACAAACCCGUUCUUGAUGGUUUGUUGUGUAAAUACUGUUUUAGCAAAUCUAACAUCCACACUCCCAGGCCAGGCCAGAAUAAUUUCUUUGCUGCGAUUAGUCUUCAGUGUAAAUCUGUAGUUACUACUUUUGUUUAACAAAAGAUUAUUUAUGAUUUGACAUACUACAAAGAGUCAACUGGAGUCGUUACAUAGAACAUUGUGAGAAAACCACUGGCCAAAAUCCUGCUCGGCUUAUUUAUGCAACCAGUCUUGCUGAAGUCAGUGUGGAUACUUGCAUGAGAGUAGGAUUUGGGCCCUAUGUGAUGAUGCCAUCACACAGUACCUGUUACAAGGUAUUGCAUUCGUUUGUAGUAUGGUGUGACGGAAAUUAACAGAUAAGCAUAUUACCAAAUAUGAAAACCAGUUAUGCAAAGAGAGAAACAGAUUUUCAAAUGCAAAAAACUGUGUAUUAAAACCUAUUUUUCUUGUAUCUAUAUAUCUAUAUCUCAAAAAGGCUUACUCAGUAUAAUAGACUAAUGGCCUGGAGAAUUACAUUGUAAAAACAUGCUUUUCAGUUAUAGUUCUACAAAAAUCUUUUACAAUCAGUAAUAGCAGCAAUAUCAGUAAUACCUCUAUAAAAAGGAUUUUUAUUUAGAAAUUAUGUUUUUGUUUUUUUAAUUGCUCCCAUGUUGAUACUUGCAAGUUUAAGUCUAAAGCAAAAUUAUAGCAGGAAUACAUAACAGAACCUUUACAGUAGGGUCAAAAUAAUUACGUAACUACCUGCUGUAAUGUUUAUGCAGUAUAGAUCUUAGAUUACAUUCAUGGCAGAAUAAAAAUACUAUUUGUAUAAAUUGCUAUGCAGUAGUGAGAGGCCAGACCUAGUUUUUCUGUUUUACAUAAUCUGCCCCAUGCAACUUUCUCUAAUCUACCAAGGGAAGGGGACAAACUGAGAUUUGUCAUAUACUAAAGUGUCAAAUGUUCGCCAUAAUUAAAGAGAAAUAUCUUCCCCUUUGAUUUUUUGAUAACUUUAAGAUAGAGAUUUUAAAGAUAGAAAAAUCCCCCUAGAAAGCAUUUAUUUACAUGAUUAAGGCAUUUCUUACACAGACCAUAUCAUUCUUCUGGUCUGUUCCUCCUUUGGACAGCUGUUCAAUUCAAAAGACAUGAUGUGCCAUCAGUUAGUCUAUGCUCAAUAAGAGAAUCUCAUAUGUAACGUAUCUUGGCUCUCAAAAGGGAGAGUUGUGCUACAUAACUGCCUUUUUUUUUUUUCUGUUUCCUCAUUACAUCAUAUCAGUUUGGUUAAACAUUUCUACUCUCCUAGUAAAAAAGACACCAACCCAUAUUUAUGGACUGUACUGAUUAUAUGCAAUAUAUUUUAUAAUGGACACAUAGUUGACUUCACAUCUGCUCAUAUCACAAUUGCUUUUAUUGCAGAGGACCACCGCUACAGAGUGGUUGGCAGCAAAGCUUUGGAGAUUUCUUAUGUAGGUAUCAAACAACAAGGUUUCAAGCAAAAAAUCAUUUAUAACUAGCAAUGCACAUUCACCAAGAAGUGAACCGGAAUACUUCAUUACCACAGGACAUCAAAAGCUGGACUCGUGAAAGAAUAAGCUGUUGAAAUGAGAUUGCCAUUGCUAACAUACAAUCUUUUCUUUGGAUAAAUAAAUAUUUACCCCUGUUUUGGUCUAGAGGAAAGAACAAAUAUUUAAAUGAAAAACAUAUAUAAGGCAAACAUUUCUUUUUUGAAUCAUAUCUUGACAAACUGAUUUGUAAACUGAUUAAAUCAUGGCCUUUGUUAUAACUGUAACAACUCAUUAAAUUGUAUUAUGUAAUAUA